GGAAUAACUGGAAAGUCCAAUAGCAUUGAUUAAAAUUAAGGCGAGAAAGAGUGGGUCAAAAUUCGGAGCAAGUCCCACAUCAGCUCUGCACUUUCUUCCGUCGGAGAAAAUCUCUGUUCUGUGAAUUGCAAUCGGAGAGAGCUGAGGACCCUUUUCGAGCAUGGCAAUGACAAUACACGCCUUGCUGGGUUGGCUUUUAUGUUUUCAGCUAGCAUUUUGCUUCAGAUUCUGGCAUGUGCAAUAUAUAACAAUUGGUGGCCCAUGUUAUCAGCUCUGAUGUAUGUGCUUGUACCUAUGCCUUGCUUAUUCUUUGGAGGUGGAUCCACUCAAUUUCUAAUGAGCCGUGAUGGUGGGGGUUGGAUAGAUGCUGCAAAAUUUUUGACUGGAGCAUCAGCCGUUGGGAGCAUAGCCAUUCCUAUAAUCCUCAAGCAUGCACAUAUGAUUGAGACAGGCGCGAUGCUCAUUGAGCUUGUAUCGUUCUUCAUAUUUAUAUGCACUGUUUUAUGUUUCCACCAAGCCAACCUUGAUGAUGAUUGGUAAAUAGAACAUUCCACAAUGCUUUGACAUCCUGCUAGUCAUUAGGGUUUGUAACCAUAUAAGGGAAACCAGAUAGUGAGACUUACCACAAACCUUGGAAAAGAAAUGUAUGUUCAAACCUCUGUAAAGCUCUGCCGCAAAUUUCGUUUUUGUCACUUUGUAUUCUUGAUAUAAUAAGUUAUUUGUGAUAAUUUUUAUUCGUGGAGAACACAUGACAUUU